AUGCAUGUCUCUCACCCAUCCAUCUCAACUUCCCGGACCCUGUCCCAGGAUGCGGACCGUCCUUCUACCAGAGCAUCCAAUGACCCCCCGGAACAUAUGGUCCAUGUGCGGUCUCGGUCGACCGCGCAUGCUCAUAGUCCCAAACGCCGAUCUGUCUUUAGUGGCCGCUCCCGGAGCAAUACCACCACGUCGACCACCUCCUCACGUCGCUCUCCUGCUUCCUCCAUGACCUCCGCCGACACAGCCUCGUUGCCUUCCUCGCAAGAGGAACGAGCGAGCUCUGCGGCAGGCAUCCGCAGCGAGCGUCAUGAAAGCAUGACCAAGUCGCUCUUUAACCGCGGCAGCCGCAUACUGCGGCGGCAGGGAAGCAAAUUUAGCAUCGCCGCCACCGUUGACGAGGAAGAUGAGAUGGAGCGGGAGAAGUCUCGUUUCGAGGUCUUCGGCCGUCACCAAAAGUCACGACAAAGUUAUGCCCAUGAUAAUUUGAAGAGCCUUAUCUCUGACCCCUUUGAUUUCCACCAUUUGACUCACACAAGUCCAUCCCAUUUCCAGGCUUUGGAAAGAGCUCCUGAAACUGAUCUGGUCACCGAAUUCUCCGCAAUCCGGGCCUCGCAGAGGCCAGUCACGGGCCUCAAGGGUAUUCGAGCAGAUGACCUCCACUUCCGUGACUUCUCGUCCGAGGAUUUCACCAAUUGUGGGACAGCCAUUGUGGGAGAUCUCCCUGAUCCAGUUGCAACCAGCCCCCCAGCAUCGCUGGGCGCCGUGUCGCCUUCAUCGGCGGGCGCUAGGAGCCCCAAGGAUACUACUAAACUCCCAAGGGAGUCCCGUGUUUUUGAGAACUUCUCCCGUCCGGUAUCACGAUAUCCAAGGUUUGGGGAGUCAACUACCCCGCCGCCGAGAGCCACUUCGCCGCGACUGGCAGCCUCGCCUGAAAUUCCUGAGCCGGCUCCUCGAGCCAUCGAUGAAAUUCUAGGUCUAUCCUCCCAGCAGACAUACCCCGAACAUGUGUAUUCUCACGAUGACGAUGUACAACCCGACUCCUCCUUUGCAAACAUGAGCAUUGAGGCCAUGUUCCCAACAGUUGUAGACCAUACUAUUUCUUCCGGUCCCGCCAAGGAUACUGCCGACGCCACUAGGGUCUCGUCCCUGUCGUUCACCAACAUGUCCUCUGAUCUAGACGACGUUCCUGAAGAAGAGGAGGCGACCCAUUGGCAUGACAGCCCUGUGUCGCAUGCGGAGAACGUUGCCUCGCGUGUCCAGUCUCCAUCCAGCUCCCUGCUCACUGGGACACAAUCUGCCUUUGUAGCUCGUUCUAAGUCUCAAUUGUCGAUCUACGUAGCCGAAGAAUUGUCGAAGAAAUUUUCCGAAGCCCUCGGGUCCCCCACUCUUCCUCAAUACUGCAUGGGCUCCGACAUAUCCCGAAGAGGCCAAGAAGCGAGGGAAAUACCUCAGAGGCGACCCUCCAUCCGACUCGGGCACACCUACGAGACCAUCCAUGAAUCCUGGGAUGCCGACAUUGACUAUUGCUAUGAGCAUGCGGCAGAAUCGAACUCGAACUUCGACUGGGCUCAUAAUUCGCUUGAUGAGCCUCGUAGUGGGAAGAUAGGGAUUCCAGCCACCACACUGGAUCCCAGAAAUUCACCGGAACGUGGCCAGGGCCGCCGUCUUCUUCCAUCAGUGCACCUGUCGUGCACGCUGCCUUCCCCAGAUCUGGACCCCAGCCCGCCUCGUUUUCAACCCAGAGACGGCGAGUGUUUUCAACCGGUCAGCUCUUCGAUAUUCCCAUCAACCUUAGGAAAGCAUGUGACCCAGGACACGCUCUAUGAAGAGUAUCUGUCGGCGGAUGCAGAGUCAGACCGACAUUUCUCAUUUUGCUCGCAAGGUGUGAUCCAGCCAAUGGAACAUCACGUCUCUCCUCGAAGUAGUUUUUCUCCCAUCAGCAAGUGUAACUCGCAGGAGAGUCUGAUUUUAUCUCGUGCUGCAUCGAUCGUCCGCAAACAUCGUUCAUCCGUUUCCACAGCGAGUGUUCCAGAACUAGUGCACAGCCUGGCCAACAGCCGAGAGCUACCCUUGACGGACCAGAUUCAUUCCGGGGAGUAUCCCGUGCCAUCUGGCCCACCAUCCGUGUCGGGACUCGCACGGGCAGACUCGACCUCCCACCAUCGACAGACGAUGAGUCUAGCCCGAGAAAUCGAAUACCAAGUUUUCAGUCGGGCCGACAACGCAGGGCACAAGGUGGAGCUGGCGCCUUCUCCCAGUCCGUCUAUCCAUGAUCGGGCCAAAUCUACGUCCGAUGUGGAGGCAGCCCCCUUAGUCUCGAAGGCUGUAAAGGAUGAAGCCUCCUUUAGAGGUGCCCAGCGGAGAAAGGGCAGAACAACGUCCUACUCUCUUUUCCCCUCUACAGUGGCCAAUUAA